UUUUUAGGUGGAGUGUCAGACACGAGGUGAAUACAAGGGUAACAACAUAACAGUGAUAUGCAACUUGGGAACAACAGCAGCCUGCGAAGUCCAGAUUCGGCACAAAACGGCCCAUUGGAGCAGCUACUGGAGCGACUGGAGCAAAUCCAUCUUUGUUCCUGAGGAAAUUCCAGAGGUGAAUUACACGGUGGGGAGACUUGGGAGGAACGGACAGAGAAACGUGACAUUCCAUUGGCAGGAAGCCCAUGAGGACCAGUGGAAAGUCAAUUACACGCUGGCUCUCUACAUGCCAGCGUGCAGGUGCACAGAGCUGAAGAAGGAGGUCCCUGAAAAGGACGAGACGACACUGACCUUGGCUCUCUCUGGGGCAGAGUAUCACCUUUCUAUGAGCGCAUCUAACCCAGCAGGGAGAGGCCCUGUGUGGACGUAUCACAUUCCUCCAGAACAUUGCACAGAAAUGAGCUUUCUGAACGUCAGCUCAGCUGGCAGCAGCGUGACAGUGCAGUGGGCAGCAAAGACCAAUGGGACCUUCUACUGCAUUGAGAAGCAACCCCUGGAAGAGCCCCAGGAAGACCACAAGGAAUGUAUCCACAAACAACUCUUUGAAAAGGACAGCUAUGUGGAUACAGGGACAGUGAAACCCAGGACGUGUUACAGAAUUGCCAUUCACGGAGGGGGACCAGAGAAGCACUGGACGUUCGGUUCCAUGUACCACUUUGCUACAAACACUUCUUUGGAUGGGCCCAUUCACAUCCGGAACAUCACAGCGAACUCUGCUUUCCUGCUAUGGAAGCCGUCACCGCUCUCCCAAUGCCCCGGCAUGCUGAAGAAAUACAUCAUCUGCUACACAAGUGAGCAGGACAACGGAAUGGCAUAUCAUGAAGUGAACUGCUCAGUGACGCACUACACCCUACAGGACCUGCAGCCCAGCACCUCCUAUCGAGUUGGGAUUCAGGCAGCCACAGCAGACAGAGAUGGGUCCUGCAGUCCCCGGCACCCGUUUACCACCACGAAGCUCGGUCCCAACCCUGCAGAGUGGAAGCUCAACUUCAGGUACCUCAGUAUUUUCUUAGGCGUCCCUGUCCUGGCUGUGUCUUACCACUUCCUCAAAAAGAGGGCCAAGAAAAUGCUGUUCCCGCCUCUGCCCAACCCCAUGGACAGCGAAGCCAUCAAGUUCCCAGCUGAGGAGAUGAGCCAGGUGAAGCCACGGCCAGGCUUUGUGGAACCGUCAGAGAAAGUCAGCCCCACAGAACCGCUGGUGACCAAAGUUAUCUCGGACAAAGGGGAGCCUGACAUGAACACAGAGACGCGCUCGCUGCAUCUCUACACCGUGACUGAAGAAACGGCAGAGAUGUUACAGGCCAAGGAGGGGCAGGCAGGCUCUGAAAAUGACCUGCCAUUUGAGUAUAGAAGGCAGGUGCUUCUGACCCCAGCGGAAGAGGAACAGGAAGAAGAUGAUUUCAGAGAAUUCGCUGGUGUUUGUGGUCAAAAUAACCUUGCCGAAGCAGGCACAGGGCCUUCUCAGCCCCACCCAGCCGAGGGUGCUGCCAUGGAGCGGACAGGGCUCUCUCGGCCUCUGGUGCAGCUCUCCUUGCUGCUCUCAGACAAGCCCGUCAUCAUAACGAAUGGGGGCAGCUUUGACCUUUUACAUGAUAAGUGAACCUUGUCUUGAGGGUUCAGCUUGGGACAGCCUGGGAAGACAGAGUGUUGCAGUGACAAGGCACCAUGUGCUCAGGCCUGUCUGGACAGAGACCCCAUGGUGCAGGACACAGGAGCCUCAGCAGAUCUCCUGAGAGACUUCAGAUCUCAGCCUCUUUUUUCAGAUUUUGAGUGUGAACUCUUUGCAGCAGGGGCUGUCUUUUAUUAUACAUGUCCCAGUCCCACAGUGAAAUACUGAAGAGGAAGACAGGUUUCAGAGCAGUAGCCAUGUUAGUCUGUAUCAGCAAAAACAAUGAGUUGUUUUUACUGAAUAGGAAGAAUGAACUGUUAGAAAAUCCUUUAUAUUUUGAUGUGUGAGAAAAGGUCCCACAGUCCAGCCAUGGUCUCCUAUUUUCUCAUAUUCCAGAGCCCCUUUCCUUGAUUAGUAUCGGGGGGAGCCGUGUUAGUCUGUAUCCACAAAAACAACAAGGAGUCUGGUGGCACCUUAAAGACUAGCAGAUUUAUUU